AUUUACUUCCGGUGACCUCAUUUACAUAUUUUUGUCGGCAAAUGGUGAAUUCAAAUUUCGCAUUGGAAUUCACGGAAAAUAAAGCAUUUGGAGAGGAUUGAUGAGUCGGUUGGUGAUAGGAUCAGGUAUGCUGUAUACGUCCAAACCCCGAUCUUCCAGCCAACCCGCGUGGCAACGCAGAAGAUUUACUAAAAGCGCCGCGACAGUGGACGGCGAAUAUGACCCAGAUUUGGCUCUGGCGAUACAAGAAAGUUUGAAACAAGCAGAAGUCGAUGCGUUAAAACUCAAAGAAAAGCAAAGUGAUAGUGUUUCAAGUAUUCAAAAUGAGUGCAUAAGAGAAAAUAACAAUACGGACUUUAAAAGCAUGAAUUUGACCAAAGAAAUGUGUAACGAUUCGAAUCACUUAAAAGACUUGGUUUGUGCGCAUAUGGAUUUAAUUCAACAACAACAAGAUGUCAUCAAUGAAAAGGACAAAACUAUUAAAAGUUUAAGGGCAGAAAAUAAUGCGCUACAAUGCCGACUUCAGCGGAUGGAACGGCGUCUGGCGUUACUGAAACAAAAAGAAGAGAUGUCUGGCUCUCCUCACAUUGUAACCUCUCCCCCGCCAAAGCCAGGUACCAUGAGCUACACAGAACCAAUAUUCAGUCCACCUGAGAAGACGCCGCAUAAAAAAAAAGUGGAAGUGCUAUUGUCUCGUCGUCAAAGCCAGGAAGCCACAAAACCAAGUCCACUGAAGAAUGUGUCCAAUUUGUCAAGUGAUAGUAGUCAACAAAAACACAAAGACUCGCAUAGAAAGCGAAAACUUAGUUCUGUACAGUCAACGUCUGAAGGCGAAAACAACACUUUAGAAACUAACAAAUUAUACUUUGUAUCCAACUGUGACCCUUUAACAGAAGAAGUAGAAGUGGAUUGUGGUGAGGAUCUGCUGUCUGGUGCUCAGUCUCAAAAAGAAGUGGAAGUGCCAACCUUUAGAAUUAAGACUUACAGCAACCUGUAUGUGAUAGAGGGAACAGAGGAUCAUGAAGAUGAGACUUUUGUCAGGCGGCAUCAGAAGCCAGAAAUAGAGGAAAAAAGGCGGAAGAGGUGGGAUAAUCAGCGCACGCGGGAAGAGAUGAUGUAUGAGAGACUUCGCGAGAAACAGGAGCCGAAACACAAGCGUCUCAAGCCGGAGGAUCCCAUAGAGUCUUUCUUCCCAGUCCUCGAUGACAUCACACACAUCGAGGUGGUAGAUAUGAUCCCAGUCACUGCCUUCGGACAGCCCAUACCCUUUCCCAAACAAGAGUCUUUCAAUCUGCCCUGGACCCCUAAACCUCCAGCUACGACCCGACAGCGUCGCUAAAUGGACCAGACCCUUCCUUCUGUUGGCCAGACUGCUGCGGGAAUGAAUUCUGAAGUCUGUGUACAUUCUUCUGUUGUCAAUUAUUUAUUAGUUUCUUAUUGUUACUUUUUCAGCUUCUUGUUCAUUACAUUUUUACUUAAAUGACUUAAAUCAGAUAUCUUUUUCAACUGCUAAGUGGACAUCACUUUUGCCUACUUUAGGACCACGUGACCUUUUACACCUUUAUAAUAUGUUCUAUUAUAAGAGAAACACACGAAAAAUUUAUUUAUUAUUAAAGUUAAUGAUAAAAGCUAUUUCUCAGUAAAAAUCAAACUUCUGUAUGCCCAAUAAUUGUAAUUCCUUUUGUAUCCAUGCAGAUAAGGUUAUCCAACUUUGAAAUAUUUUAAUUCUCAUAUAAAUAUUUGCAGGUCCAUAGUUUCAGCCUGUGGUUUCUUUACGAUAAUUGGUUUCUUAAACAAAUAUGAAAAUGUGUACAUGGUAAUGUUUAGUAGUUGGGGUUUGUUAAUGCCAGUGCUGUAUUGCUUCAUUUUAGUCCAAGUUUUAUUGAAACCUGGACAAUGUGAGUAAUGUCCUUCAUUUGCUGGCAAAUAUCGCCUUAUACUUAAGUUACAUUGUGUAUUAUUGUUGUUGAUCUCUGUUUUAUUGGCCAAUUAAGUAAACAGUUACUGUUUGCAUCAGUGUGUACAAGAUGUUCAACAUUGUAAUGUAAUGUCCAUUUUCUGUUUACAUUAAAGGUUUUGUGAUGCUAUUGAUAUAUGUUAGGUGUAUCUAAAUCAAUUGACUUUUAUCAUCAUUAUAUUUAGAACAAACAUUGUCUUUCUCUUUGAUGAUAUUCACUGGCAGAGUUACCAGAGUAUCAUCGUUUCGGCAGCAAACGGCUUAGGGCUACUGUCGGUGGAGAGUUAACAUCCGGUUGUAUGUGGUGUUCAGUAGCUACAUUUUACCGCCAAAACUUAUGUUGUAAUUUGAUGCUUUGUUACUGUAAAAAAUGUAAAAUAGUUUUAAUAAAUGCUCAAUUGUU